UGUAUUUGGAUUCCAUUUCUAUUUCAUUGAUCGGAAUCACUUCACUGCCUCUCUCUCUCUCUCUCUCUCUCUCUCCCCUAUCCCAAACUGCAAUUGAAUUUCCGGCUAAAUCUUCCCAGCUAGAAAAUGUCCGAACCCGAGGAGGAAACCCGCUGCUCUUUCCCUCCUAAGGCAAGGGAGCUGCUCGCUCCCGCCACCUCCGCCGCUCCUCCUGCCGCUGCGGAGGAGCGGGACUGCCUCAUGGAUCUCGACCUCGACCUCGACGGUCCCUGGUCCUUCGACCAGAUCUUCUCCGCCAACCCUACCUCGCCGUUCUUCCUCUCCUCCUCCUCCGACCAGCCUUGCUCUCCUCUCUGGGCCUUUUCUGACGACCACUACGACAAACCCGCCGCAAAUGCCCCGUCAACGCCCUCCGGAGGAUAUCCUGAUCCAAUUGAAAGUCGAGCUGGAACCGGCGACAAAAGAAAGUUACAGCCACCAAUUUUGGGAUUCACUCAACUAGAUUACGCAGAUGUGUCUUUUUUGGUUAAGGAGCGGAUGACACAGGCACUUCGGUAUUUCAAAGAAUCGACCGAACAGCAUGUUCUGGCUCAGGUCUGGGCACCUGUGAAGGAUAGGGGUCGGUAUGUUCUCACAACUUCUGGGCAACCCUUUGUUCUUGACCCACAUAGUAAUGGACUUCAUCAUUAUAGAAUGGUCUCUCUGAAAUAUAUGUUUUCUGUGGAUGGGGGGAGUGAUGAAGUCCUCGGGCUUCCAGGCCGUGUAUUCCGGCAAAAAUUGCCAGAAUGGACUCCAAACGUGCAGUACUACUCUAGUAAAGAGUACCCACGGCUCAAUCAUGCUCUGCACUACAAUGUUCAAGGAACCUUGGCAUUGCCAGUGUUUGAACCUUCUGGGCAGUCCUGCAUUGGCGUACUUGAGCUCAUAAUGACCUCACAGAAGAUUCACUAUGCUCCUGAAGUUGAUAAAGUCUGCAAAGCCCUUGAGGCAGUAAAUCUAAAAAGUUCUGACAUCUUGGAUCAUCCAAACACGCAGAUAUGCAAUGAAGGUCGCCAAAAUGCACUGACUGAAAUAUUGGAGAUAUUGACAGUGGUAUGUGAAAUGCACAAGCUGCCUCUGGCACAGACCUGGGUACCGUGCAGGCAUCGUAAUGUUCUAACAUAUGGGGGUGGCUUGAAGAAGAGCUGUAGUAGCUUUGAUGGAAGCUGCAUGGGACAAGUCUGCAUGUCCACAACAGAUGUAGCUUUUUAUGUUGUAGAUGCUCACAUGUGGGGAUUCAGGGAGGCCUGUGCUGAGCACCACCUACAAAAGGGUCAAGGAGUUUCUGGGCAGGCGUUUGCAUCCCUCAACUCAUGCUUCUGCGAAGAUAUUACCAAGUUCUGCAAAACCGAGUACCCCUUGGUUCAUUAUGCUCGCAUGUUUGGAUUAACUAGCUCUUUCGCGAUCUGCUUACAGAGCAGUCACACUGGAAAUGAUAAUUACAUUCUGGAGUUCUUUUUGCCUCCUAACAUCAGGGACAACAAAGACCAAAAGAUAUUGUUGGGCUCAUUAUUGGUAACUAUGAAGCAGCAUUUUCAAAGUCUUAGGGUUGCAUCUGGUAAGGAGCUUGAAGAGGAGGAGAGAUGCAUUGAAUUUAUAAAAGCUUGCACAGAUGAGAAAUUUGGUUCAGGACCUGAACAUCUUCAAACACCCCAAAAUGUAAUAUCCCAACCUAGCCCUGAUGCUUUACCGAACAGAGAGGCCGUGCACCUUGAUUCUCUGGAGCCACUAUUAACUGCUGAAGUUGAUGCUAUAAACUGUAAAGGGAAUGGUGGUGCAGGUGACAUCCUAAAUGCUGUUUCAUGUUCAGAGCAUAAAGACACACGGAAAAAAUCAGAGAGAAAACGUGGAAAAGCUGAGAAGACAAUCAGUUUGGAGGUUCUGCAACAAUAUUUUGCUGGGAGUCUUAAAGAUGCUGCAAAGAGUCUUGGCGUUUGCCCUACUACAAUGAAGCGCAUAUGUAGGCAGCACGGGAUCUCUAGGUGGCCAUCCCGCAAGAUCAACAAGGUAAACCGUUCCCUUUCAAAGCUAAAGCGUGUAAUUGAAUCCGUACAAGGUGCUGAAGGGGCAUUCACUUUAACAUCACUUGCCACGAGUUCACUUCCUGUCGAUGUUGGUUUGAUCUCGUGGCCUGCCAGUUUAAAUGAAUCCAAUCAACGCAAGUCAGCUGGCUCUAGACCAUCAGAACUUUUAGUAGAAAGGAAUGAUUUACCAAUCCCAAAUAUACCAGCAAGUCACCAACAGGCGGAGACGGCAAAUCAAAUAGCUGGAUAUGGGAUAACAGGGGAUGAGGAAGUCCUUCACGAGCAAAAUGGGUUCCUAGCUGAGUUGCGGGAAGGCUCCAGUCAGUCAAAAACAGGCAGUGGCUCAAGGGAGGAGAGCACCGGGACGAUUCUUUCUCAUGGUUCAUGCCAGGGUAGCCCCUGCACUGGAAACGAAUACUCCCCACAAAAUGGUCCAGUCGUCUCUCCGGUGCGUGAAAAUUGCAGUAACUUUGGCUGCCCACCUGAAUUGGCAUACCAACCGGCAGGAGUACUAAAUCUCUCAGCCGCAUUCUUAAUUGCAGAUGCUCCCUUCACAGCACAACCCCAAGAGCUAUUUGGAGGAAUGCUGAUUGAGGAUGCUGGAAGCUCGCACGAUUUGAGAAAUCUGUGUCCUGCAGCGGAGGCUGUCUUGGAUGAACGGGCCCCAGAAGGGCCGGAAUGUGGUUGGACGAACACAAUGCAGUCUGAAUCGGUACCUAAAGAAGCUACUGCCACUCCUCCCGACAGUAAGCUACACUUUUUGGCUCGGCCAGAGGUGAAGACCGUGACCGUAAAAGCAUCAUACAGAGAAGAUAUCAUAAGAUUUCGUCUCUCUCUGGAUGCUGGGAUUCUGAGAUUGAAGGAGGAAGUGGCAAAGAGGCUGAAGCUAGACACGCGCACCUUUGAUAUAAAGUAUCUUGAUGAUGAUCAUGAAUGGGUUUUGAUAGCCUGUGACGCCGAUCUACAGGAGUGCCUGGAUGUAUUGGGAUCAUCAGGCAGCAAUAUAAUCAGGCUGUUGGUUCAAGAUGUGAUGGCCAAUCUGGGGAGCUCCUGCGAGAGCUCAGGGGAGUAGAGGGAUGAACUAGGUUUGUAAGUAUAUCAUCUUAUGAUAGCAGCAGCAGCAGCAUCCUAAUUUAUAGCACAAUCUACUACUGUUGCUAUAGCGUUUAGAUUAAAGGAGAGGUGAAGCUGUAGUCUGUAGAUUUUGCUUGUGAAAAGCCUAUUCAACUUGUGCAGAAGAAAUUUUCCCCUCGUUUUCUUUUCUUUUC